AUGGAUUUCUCCCAGCGGGAGGAGGGCAAGCAGGCUUCCUUCACCUGGCUGGUGCAGAGGUGGCGCGGCAUGGCAGCGCCAGACAACAUCUGGGGGCCCAGCAUCAUGGCAGCCGCCGCCGCCCAGCACCAGGCAGCCGCAGCGGCCGCUGCCGAAGCCGCGGCCGCCGCUGCUGCAAGCCGGGCAAAGGCUGUCAGCAGCAAGAGCCACCCUGCUUCGUCCGGCACGACAAUCCGAGAAGAACUGGCUGCCGCUGGAAAUAUGUGCAUAGACUGCGGGACGCAGCAAUCGCCAGCCUGGCGCCGAUUUGAGGGGGCGAUCCUGUGCAACAAGUGCUGGUGCCGGGCCAAGGCCGCCAAGAUGAAGGGCGGCCGGCACGCAUGCGCUGCCGCCUCCCUCAUGCGGCGCAGUGAGCGGACCGGCAAAGCUCACGCGGACAGCCCUGCAGCCGCUCCAGCUACUGCAACAGACGUGCGCUAUGUCACACGAGCAAGCGUUGUCAGACCAGAUGGCCAAGAGGCAGUCCAGGGCACUUGUUCAGGCGCGGAGAACGGCGCGAGGGCGAGUGCUGAUAAGCGUGCGGCUGUCCCUGCUGAGAAUGCAGCUGAGGAGCCCAGCACAGAGGCGCGCGCUCUCAGAGAGGACCCAGGCGCUACCCCAGCUGCUGAGCCAGCCUUGGAGCAGAGUGCGCGAGCGAGCGCUGCUGAGACGGAGGCUGCCUCUGCCGAGGCUGCAGCUGUGGGGGUCAGCCCGGAAGCGAGCGCUCAUAUUGAGGACCGAGCGGCGACCCCGCCCGCUGAGCCAGCAGCAGAGGAGCAGAGCGUCCCAGCGAGCGCUGCUGAGACAGGUGGUGCCGCUGCCGAAAUUGCAAAUAGCAUAGAAGCGAGCCUCCCAGAAGAGAGCACAGCCGCCACCCCAGGUGCUGAGCCAGCAAUGGAGGAGCAGAGCGUGUUAGCACGCGCUGCUGAGACUGCAGCUGUGCAGACUAGCACACAAGCGAGUGUCCCAGAAGAGUCUGCAGCUGCGAUCCCAGCCCCUGAGUCAGCGCUGCAGGAGACCAUGCACUCGGACGCAGACGAGGGAGCAGCGACCGUGCCGACCGAGCCGCCAGUUGUGCAGCGCAUCACUCGAGCAAGCAAAAGCAGAGCAGAAAGCCAAGCCGCCGCUCUGGAGUCAGCAUUCCAGCGCACCACGCGCUCGGGCAUCAAGAGGGUCGACGUGCCCUCCCAGCCGCACAGGUGGCCGCCCACCGCUGCAAAGAAAGCAACUGCAGCUGCCACGCCGGCCGCUGAGCCAGCUCUGCAGAGGAGCACGCGAUCUGGCACUGCCAAAGCAGCCGCUGUUCCGGCGCCUGUGUCAGCCAUGCGGCCCAGGACACGAGCAGGGAAUGCCCAAGUGGAAAGCGCAGCCCCCACCCCGCCUUCCGAAUCAUCGUUGCAGCGUAGAUUGCGCUCCGGCAUUAGGAAGGUAUACUUCCUGGCUGAGGAAUCUGGCCAGCCGAGCAGCGCUGCAGGAGAGGCAAGCGCGGCUGCCGCACCGGCUGUGGAGUCAGCAUUGCAGAACAGCAAGCACGCUGACGAUGCUACUCACCCGCCCGUAGCGCGUGACACACGAGCACGCCGCCCUCCGCAAACGGAACGCGUUGUGGUGGAGUCGGCUGCUGAGUCAGCGCCCCAGCACAGCAUGCGAACAAGCUCUGCACCGAAAGCAGGCGCUGCUAUUGCUCCGGGCGCUGCCUCAAGCCAGCAGCCCUGCAGGCCUGCACGCACAGCAAGCAUCAACGACAUGGCACCGAUUGCCGCGCUCGGGACUGCGGCAGUGCCAUCAGGGCCCGCAAAGAUGCUUGUCGAGCGGGCCAGGCGCAUCCACAGGCACGCCAAUAUUGCAAGCCUUGCCGCGGCCAGCAGCAGUGCCGUUGCGCCAAGCCCUGCGCCCAGUCUUGCAGCAGAGCCCCCUCUGCCGAUGAGGGCUGUCAAGCUGGCGGCUGCCCGAGUCUGGCAGGAGGACAGCGCACCUGUGCCUGCACAGGAACCCGCUCCGCCAAGAGUUGAGCGGGCCAGGCGGAUCCACAGGCACCCAAGCGCAGCAGGCAUCGCUGGGGCUAGAUCCACUGUUGCUGCGUCCAGCCUUGCUGCAGGGCCCCCUCUGCCAGAAAGAGCGGCCAAGCUGGCAGCCGCGCGGACCUGGCAGGGCAUGACCCCCGCUGGUGUGAUGCCACACAAGCGAAAGGCGACGAUGCGGCUUGCCCCGCCGCCGCCGAGAGCCACCGCUCUGGCCGUCGAACAAGCGCGCCGCAUCCACAGGCGGGCGCCGAGCUCUGCCGGUCCUCCUGCCUCCGCAUCCCGGGCCGAGCGCCGCCCCGCCGCCAAGCGCCGGUUGCCGCCGCAAGCGCCGGCAGCUGCCGCGCAAGUGGCGGAAGCUGCUCAAGCCCCGGAAGCUACCAUGCAAGAGGCGGAAGCUGCCGCGCCGCGGGAGAAGCGGCAGCGGCGCAUCACUCUGCGCAUGCAGGAGGCCAUGGAGGACCCGGGUCCCCACAUGGGGCUGAGAGCUGUGGCGGACACCGGUGCGUGUGAUGCGGCGCCUGCGGAUGGAGAGCAGCCGCCGGAAGGUCAGCACGAGGAGGUGCAAGGCCCCGGCAGCGAUGUCACGGGAGCACUCAAGCAGAGGGAGGAGGAAAGCACUGCUGCUGCAGCAGAGUCUGCUGCCGAAGCGGAUGCUGCCCCGGCCGGGCAGCUUGAUGGGCAACUAGGCACCGCCAGCAAAGCUGCUGCUGCAGCCAUCGUUGGCCGACGCCGACCGUGCAUUGCUGAGAGGCCUCCGCAGACUGGCACCAGGCUGAAGAACUGGAUGCAUGCCACAGGAGGGGUGAAAGUGCCGGCAGUGUGGGACUGGAGCGACGCCCAUGUGGCGCAGAGUUGAUGACCUAGUCCUCUGCAACGCAUGUGGCCUUCGACGCAAGAGAUAAUCCAGGGGUGCUCACCAAGGGACUCGUGCAUAUCUCAGCUGGGUGGAUCAUGACCUUUGUCGCAUGCUUAGCAUACGGAAGGGGGGGGCUUGGCGGCAGCAAUUUUGACAUUUCAUCAUGCCUCUCCAAGAGAUCAUGCUGCAGCACCAGGGGCACGGCGACCAAUAUCCAAUCUCUCUCCGUUCGAUAUUUUACUGUCUGAUAUUUCAAGAUAUGGGGACCCACUCCUGUGCAUUUAUUGCCCUGUUGAUGGCAGCAGCAGUCCAGACAUGCACGAUGUCCCAAUGCAUGCUUCCGCAAUAAGUCCACAUUAAACAAGGCAGGAGAAAGAUCAAAAUUUGAUCACAAAUGACAUCAAUGCGAUAUGAGACUAUUUCCAUAUGCCCCAAUGGAGAUUUGUCAGUAGGUAGCUCCGUUAUUGCACUGAUCUGUUCAAUAAUAACAUAAGAUAAGUUUUUAUCCAUCUCUUGUGAAAUAUAGUGGUGCUGACGUGAUGGUUAGGCUUUUAAAUGACCAGGGCCUCGAGUUAGAACGCUUCGUCAUGAACAAGUCCAGAAGCAUUAAUAUUAAUAUUUUGUAGUGG